UAGGCAGGUAGGGCUCUGUGUCCCACAGGGACUGACCUUUGUUCUCCUGCUUGCUAACAGCGGAAACUAAGCCUUAAAGAUAGAAUAAAGGCUCCACUGCUUCGUUUUUUGUUUUGAAUUUAAAUCGCAAACCAGCGGCAGUGAAGGGAACCUCUUAGGGUGAAGCUCUGGAGCGCAGUGCGCACAGACUUCUCUGCAGGACUGGUGCGGUGGCUCAGUCCCAGGAGCCACAAACUUGCCAGAAUCAGAGACAAAUUAACUAAACCCACGUCGUGCUCAUUGCGCUUCGGAGACACGCGAGUGCAUUAAAACUCCUGCGAGUUCCCUGGGAAAGGGAACCAUGCCCCCCAGGUCUCUCCCCAACCUCUCCUUUCCCACGGAGGCGAAUGAGAGCCAGUUGGAACCCGAGGUGUGGGAAAAGGAUUUUCUGCCUGACUCGGAUGGGACCACCGCGGAGUUGGUGAUCCGCUGUGUGAUACCAUCCCUCUACCUAAUCAUCAUUUCAGUGGGUUUGCUGGGCAACAUCAUGCUAGUGAAGAUAUUCCUCACCAACAGCGCCAUGCGGAGUGUUCCCAACAUCUUCAUCUCUAACCUGGCGGCUGGGGACCUGCUGCUGCUGCUGACCUGCGUCCCAGUGGACGCCUCCCGUUACUUCUUUGAUGAAUGGGUGUUCGGCAAGCUGGGCUGCAAACUCAUCCCGGCCAUCCAGCUCACCUCGGUGGGGGUUUCCGUGUUCACUCUCACGGCCCUCAGCGCAGACAGGUACAGAGCUAUCGUAAACCCCAUGGACAUGCAGACGUCUGGUGUGGUGCUGUGGACCAGUUUGAAGGCCGUGGGCAUCUGGGUGGUCUCUGUGUUGCUGGCAGUCCCUGAAGCUGUGUUUUCAGAAGUAGCACGCAUUGAUAGCUUAGAUAACAGCAGUUUCACAGCAUGCAUACCUUACCCACAAACAGAUGAGUUACACCCAAAGAUUCAUUCUGUACUCAUCUUUCUUGUCUAUUUCCUCAUACCACUUGUUAUCAUCAGCAUUUAUUAUUAUCAUAUUGCAAAGACUUUAAUUAAAAGUGCACACAAUCUUCCUGGAGAAUACAAUGAACAUACCAAAAAGCAGAUGGAGACACGGAAACGCCUGGCUAAGAUUGUUCUGGUGUUUGUUGGCUGCUUUGUCUUCUGCUGGUUUCCCAACCACGUCCUCUACUUGUAUAGGUCUUUCAACUACAAGGAGAUCGAUCCUUCUCUCGGACACAUGAUUGUCACCUUAGUGGCCCGUGUUCUAAGCUUCAGCAAUUCCUGUGUCAAUCCCUUUGCUCUUUACCUGCUCAGCGAAAGCUUCAGGAAGCACUUCAACAGUCAGCUCUGUUGCGGGCGGAAGUCCUAUCCUGAGAGGUCCACCAGCUACCUCCUCAGCUCUUCAGCAGUAAGAAUGACCUCUCUGAAAAGCAACACAAAGAAUGUGGUGACCAAUUCUGUCCUGCUCAAUGGACACAGCACAAAGCAAGAAGUAGCACUGUGAUUGGAGACCAUCGAAUUGAUUCUUGGAAAAUACCAUUUUCGAAACUUUUCCAUUAUUAAUGAGCGAAGCAGAACUAAAAAUCUCCAUAUUUAUACUGAUCUCUAGCUAAUUCAUCAGGGGAACUCAUGUUUGACUGAAGUGCAAAGCAAAUACUUUUAUCUGAAUAGAAGAAUUUUACAUUACACCAUACAUAUCUAUACUGCACACACAUAACUCACAUAUAUCUCCUGCUAACAUUGGUUUAAAAAUUCCCUUGAGAUUUAGGUGUUUCAACAAGCAAAUGUGGCAUCUUUACUUUAAAUUACUUUUAUCUUAAAUCAUAGAGAACAUUUCCAUAAUGACCCUGUAAUCUAGUGAGGGGUAAUAAUCAAACUCCCAUUAUUUGAAAUAAAAUAAAACAUUCUGUUGAGUAAAUUUUAUCCAUAAUUAGUAUAUAUACAUGUGUGUGUGUGUGUGUGUGUGUGUGUGUGUGUGUACCUUAAUUUGAAAAAAAUCCCAAAAUGGAGCUUAAUCAUAGUUCAUUAAUAUUUAUUGCUCUUUGUAUAAUUAUAAUUUAUAGAAAGGUUUGUAAGUUCUUGAUAUUGUAUUGGAAGGUAUGAUGGCAUUUUAUCAUGAAUUAUAAAUUGAUAUAUGAAUGUGACUCACCUUGUAUAUAUAAAACAAAUAUAGUAUGCUCUAAAUUUCAAUACUAUUACUAAUAUGUUUGCAUGUUGAUUUUUGUAAACACCUAAAUUCAUUACACAUCAACUGCUUCAGCAUAGAUAAUAUUUGUAUAAUUCUGAUGACCAUUUGCUCUUACAUCUGCUGACUCACAAGUGUAUGGGAUCUCAGGCAUUUGUUUUCUCUGCAUGAUAUCACAGUUUUCUCAAAAUAAACAUCUUUCCAUUUGUAAGCAAAAUAUAA